GCAAAGUCGAGCGACGUGCGCAAGGAGACCAAGCGCACAAACGCGGCGACCGAGGAACUGGCUGGGCGAACAGAAAACAAGCCGAUGGGCGAGACUGUUCGAACAUCGAGCAACAUACGGCGGCUUACCGACGAAGAGAUGCAACGACGGCGAGAAAAAGGCCUUUGCUAUUCGUGCAACGAAAAUUUUACGCCAGGCCACAGGUGCAAAGGUAAGGAGGUCUUUUUGUUGGAAUUUGAGGAAGAAGAAGAACCACGAGAGGAGUCCUUAUUACAUAUGGUUAAAAGCAAGAAGCGUGGUCCGAAGAUGAUCACAUUCACGGCUGAA